UGAAUUUUAACAACGGACGCCCAUCUCCUGUAGUUUUCAGCUUAUUGCCAAACACGGCUGCAAAUAAUGUCGGGCCCAUGCUUCGGAACGUUCUCUUUCGGAUAUCUCUCUUUUAUAUAUGUACCUUCGGUGGCAAGCAUGACACAAAAGCGAAGGAAUGGUGGACGGAACAAAAGUGGCCGUGGACACGUCCGAUAUGUCCGAUGCACAAACUGUGCCCGAUGUGUCCCCAAGGAUAAGGCCAUCAAAAAAUUUGUUAUAAGAAAUAUUGUUGAAGCAGCUGCUGUGCGAGAUUUAAGUGAGGCCAGCGUUUAUGAAAGUUACCAACUUCCUAAACUGUAUGCAAAAUUGAGCUACUGUGUGAGCUGUGCUAUCCAUUCGAAGGUUGUGCGUAACAGAUCUCGAGAAGACAGAAAAAUCCGUACUCCACCGCCAAGAUUCGGAAUGAGGCGUGAUGAUAACAGACAGCAACGUCCAGGACAGACACCUGGAGCGCCUGGUGCACCACCUAGACCAUUUGGCGGAGCCCAACAGAGACCAUUUGGUGGAGCGCAACAGAGACCUUUUGUAGCCCCACAAAGAACGUAGCUAGUUGAAAUAAACUAAUUAACGCCAAAA